UAACCAUUUCUUUAGUAGAUGCUCGAAGAUGAAAAGUUUCACUCGCAGAUAACAGCGCGUGAACUUUGAACGUUCAGCAAUGAUUCACGUUAGGGAUAAUAAUCCCAAAUCCCUAAUCUCCUAAUUGCCAAAACCCUAAGAAUUUCCCUCUCGAAAAAGUCAACCUCACCGGAGUUUCGCCGGUGAUGGAGCCCCUCCAACUGGAGAAGCGAACAAAGCCGCUCUGGAAACCCCCCAAGACACGGGAAAUCCCUUCAAAUCACGUUAUGGAGUGUUCAUCGCAGAAGAAAACUAGGGAUUUGCCGAACUUGACCGAAUGCCAUGCGUGCGGAUUCAAGUUCGACGUUUGCACCGGUAAGAAUGGACUCAGAACCCUUUAUAGCGAAUGGCGUGUUGUUCUUCUUUGCAGCAAGUGCUUUUCUUCUGUUGAAUCUUCUCGAAUUUGCACAUAUUGUUUCUCUGAAGCUUCUUCCGAUUCGUUUCGUUGCAUUCAAUGUCGGCAUUCAGUGCACCAGAACUGUUUCUUGAAAUACAGGAAUGCUGCACCAUGGUCUUAUUCCUGUAUAGGUUCUGAAUUUUCUGUUUGUGUGGAUUGUUGGAUUCCCAAACCAGUGGCAAUUUCUAGAAGUAGAAGAAAGGUUAAGGGUGGAGUGAUCAAGAGAAAGGGUAGGGUUAUAGUAGAGAAGGUGAAUUCUAAUUCAAGGGUUUUGAGAGGUGGGGAUUUGGUGAGAUCUAUGGAGGAUGUGGUUAAGGGUGCAAAUCAUGAUAUGGAAAAGAAGGAUGAUGCAGCUGCUAAGGCCAGAGAGGAGGCGGUAAAGAAAUCUGUGGUGGCUAGAAGGGCUGUUGAAGUGGCAAAUAAUGCUUUGAGCUUGGUACCGAACAGAGAAGAGAGUGGUCUUAAGGUUGAUGAUGUAAAGUUUGUUGAUGGUUCAGUGAUGACGUCUGAGUUGCAUUUGAAUAGCUCAUCGAAGACUUCAAAGAGACAAUGCUUAUUGAAUACAAGUUGCUUGGAUACUCCCAAGAUAUGGGAUUCAAGUCUUGAUUCAUCGUUGAAGAGAUUGGAUUCAUGGGAUGCUAGUGGUUAUGAACCUUCUAUUUCUGUAGGAUCUUUGGAUGGUGGUUCUUCAAAUGACCUGAAUCGUCGCUGCAUUGGCACAAGUGACAUGAAAACUUGUGCAAAUGAUGGUGGACGCACAGCUGAAAUCAAUGCUGAAGAGAUUGAGGAUGAGGUCUUGAAUGAAGGUGAGGGAAGUUGUUCUUUUCGGUUGAUAAGCCAUGGAGGAGAAGACAGUGGGUUAGAAUCUGAUCGCAAGCAAGCAGAUCCUGCAUUGUGUGGGGAUGAAAGAUGUAAUGGAAAGCCUGAUCGCUAUUUCUUGAAGUAUAUGAGGAGAAGGUGUAGGUUAAAACCAAAUAUAGAAAGUAAACCCAAUAAUAAUAAGGCUUAUCUUGAGAGUCAUGACGCUGCUGUUGGGCUUCGAUCCAAUUGUUCUGGGGAAUUGAGAACAAUAUACAAUGCUUCAUUUCGGUCUUAUGCUCCUUUGCAAGCACGCAUCUGCUUGCAAAAGUGAAUAUUUCAAAGCACCUUCCUGGAAGUUAAGGGAACAGUGUACAGGUGGGAAAUUAGUUGGACAAGAGUCACAGACUGGAGACGAAUGCAAUAUUCUGAAAAUCAUGUCAUUUUGACUGAGUACCUUAACAAUGGUGGCUGGGAAUUUUUUGGUAGUUCUGUAGUCUGUUUGUUGUUGUAAGAUGGUAUGGUUUUCAAGUUUCAACUUUAGAAAGUUUUCAUUCAAAUAGGAAUAGAGUGCAGUCGUGCUACAUUCAAUGGCUCUAAUUGGUUUGGUCAUGAUAGGGCCUGAUUUUUGAGUUCUUAGAAAAUUGUAAAAUGAAUACCCGGGAAAUUAGUUAUUGAAUCCAAAUUUUGAGUAUCCUGAUUUGCUUAUUACAUUAUUCAGAUUUCUAGCAGUUGCUUUAGAUCAUUGGUCCGACUGAAUAGAUUGGUUAAGUUUGUGGA